GCCAACGAUCUUAAUUUGGUUAAACUAGUUGGUACGUAAGCAAACCGUGACUGCAAGCCGUGAUUCCGGUCAAGUUCUGUCUUCAAAAACAAUCCGGUCAAGUUCUGUCUUCAAAAACAACAGCCUCUUCGAAUUAAGUCCUUUUUUCACUUCCUGCGACAUUUCUAGGGUUCUCUCUUACAAACGAAAAAGAGACGUAAUAGCGAGAGAGCGAGAGAGCGAUUAUCAUUACUAGGUUUAGAGAUUCCAGAUCAGAAACCCUAAUAUCCGUAACCAAACCAUGCCGCGCCACAGAGACGAAGACGAUGAUGUAGACCAAGACUACGAUGGAUCGGAAUUAGAGGAAGAAGAGGAAGAGGAGGAUGAUAGAGGGAGUCGUGGUGGUGGCGGUGGCUCUAGGCGGAAGAGAGGAAGAUCGAAUUUUAUUGAUGAUUAUGCGGAGGAGGAUUCUGACGAAGACGAAGAUGACGAUGAAGAUUAUGGCAGCCGUGGAGGAAAAGGAGGAGGAGUAGGUGGAGCUAAGAGGAAAAAGUCUUCAGCUUCUAUUUUCUUAGACGACAUAGCUCAUCAGGUAGACGAUGAGGAUGAAGAGGAAGACGGAGAUGGAGAAGAUGAUUUCAUAGUGGAUGCUGGAACUGACCUUCCCGAUGAGCAUGUUGAGAGACGGAGGUAUCACGAAAGGGGGUUUCUUUCUCGCGAGGAAAAUGAUGAGGAUGUGGAAGAUCUCGAGAGACGAAUUCAAGAGAGGUUCUCUAGGCAUCAUGAAGAGUAUGAUGAAGAAGCUACAGAUGUGGAGCAACAAGCGCUUUUGCCAUCUGUCCGUGAUCCAAAAUUGUGGAUGGUGAAAUGUGCGAUUGGUCGCGAAAGGGAGGUUGCUGUUUGUCUUAUGCAAAAAUUCAUUGAUCGAGGAUCAGAUUUGCAGAUCAGAUCUGUUGUUGCUCUCGACCAUCUUAAAAACUAUAUUUAUGUUGAAGCAGACAAGGAAGCUCACGUGAAAGAGGCAAUCAAGGGCAUGCGGAAUAUAUAUGCUAAUCAGAAGAUCUUACUUGUCCCUAUAAGAGAAAUGACAGAUGUCCUCUCUGUUGAAAGCAAAGCAAUUGAUCUAUCUCGAGAUACCUGGGUUAGAAUGAAAAUCGGGACAUAUAAAGGUGAUCUUGCUAAGGUGGUUGAUGUUGAUAAUGUACGUCAGAGGGUUACAGUCAAGUUAAUCCCAAGAAUUGAUCUGCAGGCUCUAGCCUCUAAACUGGACGGAAGAGAAGUUGCGAAGAAAAAAGCCUUUGUUCCACCUCCACGUUUCAUGAACAUUGAUGAAGCGAGGGAGUUGCACAUACGUGUUGAGCGUCGGCGUGAUCCCAUGACCGGUGAUUACUUUGAAAAUAUUGCUGGCAUGCUUUUCAAAGAUGGUUUCAUGUACAAAACAGUAUCAUUGAAGUCCAUCGUUGCUCAGAAUGUUACACCAACUUUUGACGAACUUGAAAAAUUCAAUAAACCAAGUGAAAAUGGGGAAAGCGACUUUGGUGGUCUGUCUACAUUAUUUGCGAACAGAAAGAAAGGUCAUUUCAUGAAGGGUGAUGCAGUUAUUGUUAUCAAGGGCGAUCUAAAAAACUUGAAGGGUUGGGUUGAGAAAGUAGAUGAAGAAAAUGUCCUUAUCAAAUCAGAAAUGAAAGGUCUCCCUGAUCCUCUUGCUGUAAAUGAGAGAGAGCUCUGCAAGUACUUUGAACCUGGAAAUCAUGUGAAGGUUGUUUCUGGGACCCAUGAAGGAGCAACGGGCAUGGUUGUCAAAGUCGAUCAGCAUGUGCUUAUCAUUCUGUCUGACACAACCAAAGAACACGUCCGUGUCUUUGCUGAUCAUGUUGUUGAGAGCUCAGAAGUGACAGCUGGUGUUACCAAAAUUGGGGAAUAUGAACUUCAUGAUCUUGUACUUCUGGAUAACCUGAGCUUUGGAGUAAUUAUACGACUAGAGAAUGAAGCUUUUCAGGUUCUUAAAGGGGUUCCUGACAGACCAGAGGUUGCUCUUGUCAAACUCAGAGAAAUAAAAUGCAAACUUGAUAGGAAAAUUAGUGUUCAAGAUCGCUACAAAAAUGUCAUUGCUGUGAAAGAUGAUGUCAGAGUAAUUGAAGGUCCUAGCAAAGGUAAGCAAGGUCCUGUGAGGCAUAUCUACAAAGGAGUCUUAUUUAUAUAUGAUCGACAUCACCUUGAGCAUGCUGGAUUUAUCUGUGCUAAAUGUACAUCAUGCAUUGUUGUUGGUGGAUCACGUUUUGGUGCCAAUAGAAAUGGUGGUGAUAGAUUUAGCAAUUUCAAGGCACCUGCCCCAGUACCCUCAUCUCCAAGAAGAUUUCAACGCGGAGGCAUGGGAUAUAAUGCUGGAGGGAGAGGCAGGGGUGGGAGAGGAGGGGGAGACAAUUCUUUGUUGGGUACGACUGUUAAAAUCCGUGUAGGACCUUUUAAGGGAUAUAGGGGACCUGUAGUAGAAGUGAAAGGAAAUUCAGUGCGUGUAGAACUUGAGAUGAAGAUUGUCACAGGCAAGUCCUUGUAUUCACUUUUCCGCAUAGAUACACCUCGGUAUAGUAUGGGAAGCGAGACACCUAUGCAUCCUUCUCGGACUCCACUUCAUCCUUAUAUGACUCCAAUGCGGGACUCUGGAGCUACACCAAUCCAUGAUGGAAUGAGGACCCCCAUGCGUGAUAGAGCUUGGAAUCCUUACACGCCUAUGAGUCCACCUAGGGAUAACUGGGAAGACGGAAAUCCAGGAUCUUGGGGAACGAGUCCUCAAUAUCAGCCGGGAAGUCCUCCUUCACGGGCAUAUGAAGCACCAACUCCUGGCUCAGGAUGGGCUAGUACUCCCGGUGGUAGUUACUCAGAUGCUGGGACACCUAGAGAUCAUGGUUCGGCCUAUGCUAAUGCCCCAAGUCCUUACCUACCAUCUACACCUGGACAACCCAUGACACCAAGCUCGACUUCAUACUUACCUGGAACUCCCGGAGGACAACCGAUGACUCCUGGAACCGGCCUCGAUGUCAUGUCUCCUGUUAUAGGUGGAGAUGCUGAAGCAUGGUUCAUGCCUGAUAUAUUGGUUGACAUACACAAGGCUGGAGAAGAUAGCGAAGUUGGCGUCAUCAGAGAUGUUUCGGAUGGAACGUGCAAAGUGUCGCUCGGGUCCAGUGGUGAUGGCGACACCAUAAUGGCACUCCCGAGCGAACUGGAGAUAGUUCCUCCGAGGAAGAAUGAUCGUGUGAAAAUCGUUGGCGGUCAGUAUCGUGGUUCUAUAGGUAAGCUGAUCGGAAUCGAUGGUUCGGAUGGUAUCGUUAAGAUUGAGGAUAAUCUUGACGUCAAGAUUCUGGACCUGGCCAUAUUAGCCAAGUUUGUUCAGCCGUGACAGUUCUAAUGAACUUUGAAUUUUUCAUCUCGUGAUCGCCGUAUAUUGUAAUCUUAAGUUUCUCUAUAGUUUAUAAAGAAACUUCGAAUCUUAUUUCCAGUUAAAAGAAAAAAACAUAUGAAUGUUAAUUCCAAUGGUGUGAUUUUUUGUUUUUACUAUCUUUCGUUUUCUACUGUUUUGGUUUAGCAUGGUGAUCGCCUUAAUAAGGAAACAACUACUGCAAAUGGAGAAAAAUUAAGUUUCUACAUUACUCGUGGACAAGGGAUAGAACUUUUAAAGAUCUGAGGACACCUUGCAAGGCGAUCAACGGAUAGAACUUUUAAAGAUCUGAGGACACCUUGCAAGGCGAUCAACGGAAUCAAGCAAAGACCAAGCAGCAGCCAAGAAGCACUUAAGCGGACCAAAGAACUCAUUGAGGUCUCGUACGUAAAUCAAAUUCAACACCAUGUCCACUUGGAAGCUCACCAACAAUUGAAUGGCCGCCACUAAAAAGAGUAUUUUCUUAUAAAGAUAUCACAGCUCCAAGUUCUUGAACAUUGCGUAAAGUCCUCUCCUUGUUCUUGAAUGUAACGUGAUUUAUCACAGCCUCAUCACAGGCUCUCUGGAGUCCCUCAUUCCACAUGUUCAUCACACCAUCGACAUCUCUUGUUUUAUACAAAAAGUGCGUUUCAGUUGUAGACAUUUCUAAAUCAAGAUAGGGUUUUGCUCUAUAGAGCCUUAUUGAAAGAGAUUACCUAAAGAUGAUAAAAGAGAUUAACUCAUUUAUGAGUUUUAUUGAAAUGCGAGAAACUAAAAAGGAAAGAAACUUUGGUUUGUGACCAAGAACAAAGAGAGUGUCGAUCAAUACUUCAUAUAUGUAAAUAACUC